AAUAAAUCUUUAGAUUUAUUCACCGCCAUAGAAAACUUGCACACAACAAUCGACUUAUUGUAUGCAAUGACGAUCAACAACAACAAAAAAAUGUAAACAAAAACUACAAAACGGUUCUUCGGCGAUCCGCGUUUCGCGUUCCGGUGAUUUAGUCAAGAACAGUUUUAAAUUUAGAUAGAUACGUGUGUUAAAACUUCGGGCGUGGUUUUGUUAGUAGUUACCAAAAUAAACCUGAUACCCCCUUUCACGAAACGAAGUUAUAAUCAAGCAGGAUCAAUGAGCGAUGCCGAAAAGAAAGUCAAAUAUCGGUAGGACAACUCGAAGGACUCGCUGGAUGAAAAUUUCCAGAAAAAAUAUGAAGCAGCACAUCCAGGAAUCGAAAAGCCGUCAGGAAACAAAUAACAACUUCUGGGCGGAACUGUCCAAGGCUAUCGGGCCCAUUUCGUUCACCGUUCAGUCCGCUUUGGAGCUGACUCAGUUCAUACAUUCCGGACUUGCUUCGCUAGACAACGCAGCGAUCGAUCGGAUCGAAGAAGACAUUCGACGGCUUCCCGCGCGGAUGGUAAAAUCCGAAUCAGAAGUGGCCCAGCUACUCCGCAUUAAUCCCUCAGAGGUGAAAGACUUCCGAUUUCUGACUGGGGAACGGAGCGUGAUGCUCGAGGUAGCCGCCCGUAUUGGACAGAACGGCUUCUUCCGGUACUACCGAACAGCGGAACGAGUAGAACGGAAAACACCGGUUUUGGCAGAAUUGCCGGCUCCCCCACCACCAGUAUUCGAUCAUCAAGCCGUGGCAAAUAACCACGAAAUGGAAGGCGUUAAUCGAGAAGUUUACGUUAAGAUAUUGGACUAUUACGAGAAAAGAAGCUACAAAAUCCAAAACUACGGCGAAUUCUUCGCGAAACUUGCCAAACUGCGAGUGGAAACCAACAUGGACAGCAUCGGCGAGAUGGCGCUGGUCACGUGCCCGUUCUGUGAUCCGAAAAACGCCUCGACGGCCAUGAUUCGGCGCGAUAGAUCUGGCACCUGGAAGGUGUGGAACUUUAAUUCUCACAUCAAAACCAAGCACGAAGGCUUUCUGGGUCCGGGAGGUUUGGAUGCAGGUUACUCCAAUGGAACAGACAGUAGCUACCAUAUGUUGUCGGAUAGUAGUGGUUGUGGUGGUGGUGGUGGGGAACCCGGGGCAGGACCAUCGGCACGGAAGCGUUCCUACCAUAGGGCUUCGAGUGACAAUCUUCAAGAGGAAGGUGAUGCCUUUGAAGUGGACUUGGACUACAGUCAAUCGGUGGUCAAAACGGAACUGACAGAGUGGAUAAACCAACUUCAAAUGUACAGGGCAAUUCGACAGUUGUUUCCCUGAGCUAUUUUGCUGAGAUCCUGUUGAAAUUCCAAUUGUUGAAAAUACAGGACGGGAUCGACCCGACCACAGGAGAAAAAAUUAAGCGUCUACGUCUCUAUCGCAUUCGAUAAAAUCGAAGGCUUCGUUUCACAUAAGAACACUUGAAGGAAGGGAAUGUUUUUUUAAUUCAUGAGUGUACAUUAAACCGCUUAAAUAUAGGUGGCGAACGAUACCCCACAAGCUAUGAUGUUCAAUUGGGUGACUUGUAGAUUUUUUAUGAAAACAUUCUAUCUUGAUGUGAAUAAGCGAGACAAAACUAUGAUCAUCAGCAUAAAAACAUAUUCUGGUUAUAAACGUCGACUUCCACACCGAUGCCAUUGGAGAACGCUUCGAAAAAAAUUGCAGAUACAUUUAUUUUGA